AUGUCGUCGGACUUCGCAAAUCCGAUGAAAAAGUUCAAGCUGGUGUUUCUGGGAGAACAAAGUGGUAAGAUUCUUGCUUUUUAUUGUUUUUUUCCAUCUGUUUAGGAUCCUAUUCUAAUCAACCAUGGCCGUUCUUGUGGUUUUGAUGUUGAAUUAGCGAAAUUGGCGUUUUUUUUUAUUUUGAUGUAAAAAUUUUGGCAAAAAUUUUGAUUCGAAAUAAAGUAGAGGUCACAAUAAUGAAGAUACAAAUUGUUUUAUCCAGCAAUUUCGUCGUCUAAUUAGUUUUACAUCUACUUUUUUCAAACACGUCACGUGUAAUCUAAAUUUGUCAAAGUUUCUUUGUCAAAAGUCAAAUUUUUUAGUAAAAUUGUUAAUUUUUAGUUGGUAAAACCUCCCUGAUUACACGGUUCAUGUAUGACAGCUUUGAUAACACAUAUCAAGCAACGAUUGGGAUCGAUUUCCUCAGUAAGACCAUGUAUCUGGAAGAUCGAACGGUAAGUGUCUCAUUUCUAAUUGAUUUGUUCCGAAAUUUAGGUCCGACUUCAACUCUGGGAUACUGCAGGUCAAGAGCGGUUCAGAUCACUGAUACCUUCGUACAUUCGCGACUCAACGGUUGCUGUCGUUGUCUAUGACAUCACAAGUAUGUGUACUUUACUUAUUUCGCGAUUCAUCUUUUGUCUUUUUGUCUAAAACUUGGAAUGAUAAUGCCUUUUUAGACGCAAAUUCUUUCCAUCAAACUUCCAAAUGGAUUGACGAUGUGAGGACAGAGCGGGGCUCAGACGUUAUCAUAAUGUUGGUGGGCAACAAGACGGAUCUUUCCGAUAAAAGGUGAUUCAUUUUCUUUUGUUUGUUUUGGGUUUAGGUCCUUGCGAGGUUGUGAAUCACUUUGAAUAUUCAUGAGAAAUGUUUAAGCCAAAAUUUAUAUUAUACAUGAGGUAUCAAUAACUAAUAAGGGAGUUUGUUGGUAAAAUACGUUGAACACAUCAUGCGAUAUGGCUUAGAUUUACUCGAUAGGACAUCUACUGGCUUUUUAUAUCAAUUUAAUGACGACUUAUGCAACAGGGGCGAUGUUAUAUUAUGCAUGAGAGAUCUGAAAGAAAAUAAAAUUUUUGGAAGAAAUAGGGUAGAAAUUGAUCUAGAAUAGGUUUUAGAGGAUAAAGGAAGGUUUUUUCUUGCUUUAUAAGAACAUUUAUGCCAUUGCGAUCAUAUUUAUAUAUUGGUCAUGAUGAGUACCUAAAAUAAUGUGAGAAACAUAAAAAUUACCUUCUAAAGUAACGAAAUCUAAUCUAGUUAGGAAGAUUAUGCUAUGAAAUACCUAGAGUAUGCAUGUUUCACCAGUUCUUUAUUUGAUUUUGACCUGAAAACAUCAAAAUUUCAAUUUUCUUCGGUUUAAGGCAGGUUUCAACGGAGGAAGGCGAACGAAAAGCCAACGAACUCAACGUAAUGUUCAUCGAGACGUCGAGUAAAGCCGGUUACAACGUAAAACAGCUGUUCCGGCGGAUCGCGAACGCCUUGCCGGGCGUCGACAACGACCGGCCGGCCGACGCCCGUCAAGUUGUUGAUAUUGGCCCCAUAAAACCGCGACAAAUCGUAACCGACGAAGGCUCAUGUUGGUGCUAA